AUGGCGACAACUAAGUAUACCCUGGCCAGCCGGGUCACCUUGGCCAACGGGAAGACCAUUCCUCAGAUCCAGCUGGGUCUGUACAUGAUGUCCGGCAAGGAGGCCACAAAGACCAUCCCGUGGGCCCUGGCCGCCGGCUACCGUGGGUUCGACUGCGCGCAGAUGUACCACAACGAGCGCGAGGCGGGCAAGGCCAUCAGUGACUUCCUGGCCAGCGGCGAGAACACGCAGGGGUUGAAGCGUGAGGACCUCUUCUACACCACCAAACUGGCCAGCAACAGCACUUCGUACGACACCGUGCGCCGCUCCAUCAAGAACUCCGUUCAAGUUUCCGGCCUCGGCUACGUCGAUCUGUUCCUGCUUCACAGCCCCUAUGGCGGCAAGGAAGCUCGACUGACGAGCUGGAAGGCGGUCGAGGAUGCCAUUUCUGACGGUGAGGUGAAGAUGGGAGGUGUCAGCAAUUACGGUUCCGCCCACAUUGAGGAGUUGAUGGCUUCCAAACCUCGCAUUGCCCCAGUCAUCAACCAGAUCGAGGUUCAUCCUUUCAACACGCAAACAAAAAUCAGGGAAACCUGUGCCAAGCACAACAUCGCCAUUGAGGCUUACGCGCCUCUUGCCCGCGGAAUGCGCAUGAAGCAUCCCAAGAUCUUGGAACUGGCUAAGAAGUACGGCUGCAGCCCGGCUCAGUUGUUCGUGCGCUGGUCUCUUCAGCACGAGAUGAUCACUCUUCCCAAGAGUGUGCGCAAGGAGCGCCUUAUUGAGAAUGCUAAUGUGGCCAACUUUGAGAUCUCCAAGGAGGACUUGGCUGCGAUGGAUGAUCUCGACGAGAAUUUGGUUACCGAUUGGGACCCGACUGAUGCUCCUUGA